AGGGAAGCAGAUCUUGAUGUCACACUAUUAUAAUGUGGAGGGAGCAGACCCUGGUGUAACUAAUGCAGGAAGAGCAGACUGUGGUGACUAGAUUGGAGUGACGAUAUCUUCCUAGACAUUUGUCCUGUGAUGCAUUAUAAAGUCACAUGAGACGCAUCCUGCAUGAAUUAAUGAGUCACUGAGGAUGGACAAGGACCGGAGUCCUAUGACUGAGAGGAUACUAAAUCUCACCCUGGAGAUCAUCUACCUGCUGACUGGGGAGGGUUACACAGUCGUGAAGAAGACAUCCAUUGAGCGUGAGACAACCUGCAGCCAUCCCCGUGGGUCAAGAGGACUGAGCAGGACCCAGAGCCUCAUCAUGAUGCCUCCACCUCACUCACUGAUACAUGAGAGACACAAUGACCAGAAGAUCCUGGAACUCACCAACAAGAUCAUUCAGCUGCUGACUGGAGAGGAGGGGGAGUAUAUAGAGGAACACAGUGGUCUGUACAAGGACGUGAUAAUGGAGUAUCACCGGCCCCUCACAUCACUGGAUGGACCUAGUAACAUAGAUACCCCAGAGAGAUGUCCCCGUCCUCUGUAUUCUCAGGACUGCACAGAGGAGAAUCACAGGAUCCCACAGGAGGAUCAG